AUGGCAAGGAAGGCUUUGGACGGACACCCUCAAGCAUAUGGCUUACUCAUUGAACUUGCAUGCAUCAAAUCAUCAGACGGGCUCUUGGGAGCUAGGAAAGCAUACCAGUCCCUCUAUGGUGAAUCCAUCGAGGAAGAUGUUGCUUCCCGAGUUGAAGGCAUCAAACGCCAGCUUUUGGUAGCACUUGUAAGUACGUACAGAUAUGAAGGAUCACGAAUUAGUGAUGUGGCAGUUAGAUCAGAGGCUGUAAAACUUGGUAUAACCAUUAAUAGACAAGGUUAUAAGAAGAAGCUAUUCAAAGAUGAAGAGAUUGUAAGGAUUCUAGCAACAAGAAGCAAGCCUCAGCUCAAGGUCAUCUUCAAAUGUUACUAG